AUGACAUCUGCAAAGUUUGUCUUCUAUCUGACCUGUUUGUUCUUGGGGAUAAUGGCUCAGGUGACUGAACUGAAAUCUUCCUCAUCCGUUCUUCAGGAGAGUGAUUUUUUAUCAGUUAACGCAGGAGACGAGUUGACUUUAAAAUGUAUUUAUGAAAGACAAGUCGUACAAGACAGUACUGCUACAUACCUUUACUGGUAUAAACAACCUCUGGGACAGAAACCAAGGCUCAUUUCUUCUUUCUACAGUUUUGAUGGCAAAGGCCAUUUUUAUAAAGAAUUCAAGAACAAUUCACGAUUCACACUGGACACAGGAAAUGGUAAAAACCACUUAAAGAUCUCAGAUUUACAAACGUUAGACUCAGCUACCUACUAUUGUGUAACUACCUCGAAAAUAAAAUUCACAUUUGCAGAGGUCAUUACUGUCAGUGUGAAGGGUUCAGGUUUAAACAUCCCAGCUGUGAUCCAUGAGUCGGAAUCUGAGACCAUCCAGCCAGGAGGCUCUGUGACUCUGAACUGUACAGUACAAACUGGGACCUGUGAUGGAGAACACAGUGUUUACUGGUUCAAAGACUCUGAAGAAUCUCAUCCAGGACUCAUUUACAUCCAUGAAGGCAGGAAUGAUCAGUGUGAGAGGAAACCCAACACACAAACACACACCUGUGUCUACAACUUGCCGAUGAAGAGCCUGAAUCUUUCUCAUGCUGGGACCUACUACUGUGCUGUUGCCUCAUGUGGACACAUACUGUUUGGAAACGGGACCAAGCUGGACUUUGAAGGUUCAUCUCCAGAUGAGGUGGACUCUCUUGUCUUGGUGUAUUUCUUGAUCGGAGCUUUGACAUUUACCACUACCCUGUUGGUUUUAUCGGCUUUCUCAAUGAACAAGAUGAAGAAAAGAAUCAGUUUCCAAACUCCAGGUACAGUAACUAACUCUGUUUGUUUCUGGUUUUGUUAA